UAAGACAUUCUGUCAUUUUCGUGCAUAACCAAACAACUCUUCAAGUAUUGUCAUUACCGUAACCUUUUAAAUUCUCUCAAGUUUAAAAUAAUGACUGAGUUGAAUAAAAACCAAAACAAAAGUUCGAAAAGUUUAAUUUUUCAUCCGGUGGUUGAAUGUACUGGCCGAACUGUCUUGACCGGCCUCGCAUCAUUUUGGUUUGUUUUCUCAACGACACAUUUUCUGCAGAAACCGAUUAAAAAUCGAAUCAAAUAUCCGGUAGCUGGUUCGUUGUUUGUGUCAUUGACUUUGGCUGGCACAGCUACAUAUUUUGUCACGAAGGACUAUUACGAGAAAUUUUCUGCUCUUAAAACCGACGAAAAGUAAACUCGAAAAAUAUUGAAUAUGUUUCGAUACCUGAGAACGUGUUUUUUAACAAAAACUUGUCUGCGACAAAUAGUACAACUCGAACUAAAUGUAAGACCGAAUAAGUUUCCGUCAGCUGUAAAUCAUGGACUGCUUUUACACGUUCGCACCAAGUAUGUGAAAUCUGGUAUUCAAGGUCGCCGAAGUUCCAAGGCUGCGCCAAGGAAGUACGAUGAUGACGAUGAAAAUGAAUUUGAGGAGGACGACAACACAAAUCCAGAAGACAAAAUAUCGUUGAAAGAUAGUGAAUACGAAGCAAUUGUAAACGAAGCAUUUGGAUCACGUAGAAACAUUCAAAGUGAAGAAAAUGUUUUUGUCAUUCAACCGUAUAUAAAAUGGGGUCCAAAAAAAUCAAAUAUUUCGCCAGACAUUAAACAUCAAGAAUCUGAAGAUUUAAUAAAUUCGCUUGAUAAUUGGACCAUCCAAGAAUCUAUCAAAGUGCCCUUACUUGGUUAUGAAAAACAAACAUUUUUUGGUACCGGGAAAAUAAAUGAGUUGAAACGUCAAAUCAAAAUGUACAAUGUAGAUAUUAGACGCAAGAUAAGCGUCGUUUUUGUGAGUGUUAGCCGAUUGAAUCAAAUUCAAAAAAACUUUUUGGAAACAGUAUUCGGAGUUCCCGUUAUGGACAGAUUCUCCAUUGUUAUUCAAAUCCUGAAAGCCCAUGCUACUAGUCGAGAAGCAAAGCUACAAAUUGCAUUGGCCGAACUUCCUUACAUUUGGCAUCACAUGGGUACAGAAAAUAGCGCAUUACUUCGUUCACAAUUGACAGAUUCACAAAAGCAAAUACUUCGUAAUCGAGAACGGCGCAUCAAAACUGAACUUGAACACAUAAGAGUACAUCGAAAAAUGGCACGCACAAGACGAUCGAAUAAGGAAAUUCCUGUCAUCGCGGUCGUUGGAUACACAAAUGCGGGAAAAACGUCACUAAUCAAAGCUCUGACAAAUGGAGAAAAAUUAGAACCAAAAAAUAAACUCUUUGCCACGCUUGAUGUAACCGCACAUCCAGGCCGUCUACCAUGUAACUUGCAAGUGAUUUUUAUUGAUACGAUUGGUUUUAUGUCCGACAUACCAACCGAUUUGAUUGAGUGUUUUAUAACAACACUGGAAGAUGCUAUGAUGGCGGAUUUGAUUAUUCAUGUACAAGAUAUGGCUCAUUUGAAUGUGGAAGAUCAAAAACAACAUGUUAAAAAAACCCUUGAAAAACUUGUGUACACAUCGGAAUGUAAGAAAAGUGAACUUUUGGACAAUGUCAUAAAUGUCGGAAAUAAAUGUGAUUUAAUUGAUGACCUGAGUAAAAGAAUAGAGUCGUUGGACGGUGUAUCGGAACCCAUACACCUUGUAUCAUGUGCCAAAAAUAGUGGCAUGAAGGAAUUAAUGCAAGAUAUUGAGAAAAAUAUUCUAAAAAUAACAAAUAGAAGAAAAAUGAUUAUUAAAGUCCCUCAAGGUAGUCAGGAAAUGUCGUGGCUGUAUAAAAAUACGGCUGUGGUAAAAACCGAAAUUUGUAGCGAAAAUAAUGAAUAUUUGAAUGUUCAUGUUUUAUUAACCGAACUGAAUUUAAUUCAAUUUAAAAAAAUAUUUUUGAAAAAAACCAAAUAAAUGAAAA